AUGGCGUCGUUGAAGAAUAUUGAACAGGAUGAGGCCGGACGGCUGAGGGCUUUUAGACAACGGUUUGGUCGUGGCUGGGAUUUAGACGCCCCUGAGGAUGAAGCUGCGAAUUCCAGUAGCGGAGAUGCGAAAUUGGAGAGUGCUGGGCUCCAUGAGGAUAGUUUGAUGGAUUUGAUCAGUGGUGCUGCGGGUGUUCAGGUGGAUUCAGGGAAUGCGGAGCCUGCAAAGGAAACCGAGAUUAAGCAAGCGACUGGGAAGAAGGGUUCGAAGUGA